AGAGGAAGUAUAGCUUAUGACUGUAAAGUCAACAGAUAUAAUUCAAGGCGAGUUCUUUUUCUAGUACCACAAGUUGAAAAGGAGAAUAGAACAUGGCUGGGUGCAACACAGACUGCGUUGAGAAACCGAUAGCUAGAGGAUUUGAAAUACUUGGGCGUUUUGUUGGUCGACACCACUUGUGGUUUUUUAUUCUUCCCAUGUUGAUUUCUGCGGUUCUUGGCGGCGGAUUUUACUUCCUUGCGGACAGAGAAGCAAACGGCAUUGAAGAGAUGUUCACCCCUAUGGACGGACCAGCGAAGGACGAACGACAAGUAGUUAAAGAAUACUUUCCACAGAACGAUAGCGACUUCUCACGUUUGCGUCUCUAUACUGAAGGGACUUUUGCAUCUCUCAUAAUUGUUACGCCCACAGCAAAUAUCCUCACAAAUCCUGCUUUUACAAAGAUUAUCGCUAUGGAUAGGGAAGUGAAAGCCAUUGAAGUAGGAACAUUUAAUUUCUCAAACCUUUGUGUUAAGAAAGGUGAUGUGUGCGUGCUAAAUUCAAUCUUUGAUAUUGUAAAAACUCCCAAUGUUACCACAACAACUAUUGGUUACCCAUAUCAUGACAACAUUUUCAUCGCAUCGGAAAUUGGUGGCGUGAAACUGAAAACUGGAUCAACUGAAAUUGAAAGCGCAAAGGCAAUUCGACUUUUUUACUUCUUAAAAGAAGACAACCAGACUGUAAAUACGAUGUGGCUGCAGAAGUUCAUAGAGACUGCGUCGACGAUGCAAAAAGAAGGCAUGACCAUAUCGUAUUUUACAUCAAUAUCAAGAGAUGAAGAGUUUGAGAAGAGCUCUGACUCAAUCAUUCCUCUCUUCUCAUUGACCUAUGCCCUGGCCAUCUCCUUUUCAAUCAUAUCUUGUAUAAGGUUGGACUGCGUUAGGAACAAGGUGUGGGUGGCGACCUUUGGUGUCCUCUCAGCUGGUAUGGCAGUGUUGUCCAGCUUUGGGUUGUUGCUGUACUGUGGGAUGCCCUUCGCUAUGACUGUGGCAACAGCUCCAUUCCUGAUUCUGGGAAUUGGUGUUGACGACAUGUUCAUCAUGGUUUCUUGUUGGCAGCAGACUCAAGUUCAUGACAACGUAGAGGACCGUAUGGCAGCUACAUACAAAGAGGCAGCUGUUUCUAUCACCAUCACAACACUAACUGAUGCUCUGGCCUUCUAUAUUGGUCUGUUAACUCCCUUUGGUUCUGUACAAUCCUUUUGUAUGUAUACUGGCACAGCUGUGCUGUUCUGCUACUUGUACAACAUCACCUUCUUUGGUGCAUUUCUGGCACUGAAUGGAAGACGUGAAAAGAGCAACAGACAUUGGCUGACCUGCAUGAAGGUUUCAGAACCAGAGGAGAGUUCUGAAAAGUACAAUAUCUGCUCUGUCGGUGGAGCUUAUGAUCAUGAAACAGGAAAAGAGGAACCAAUGCCAAUUAACAACUUCUUUAAGACGUACUAUGGUCCAUUUCUAACAAAUAAUUGGACCAAAGGGUUUGUGAUCCUGUUCUAUGCUGUAUAUUUGGGCUCGAGCAUCUAUGGUUGCUUACAAAUCAAAGAGGGCAUAGACCUUAAAAAUCUAGCAGCUGAUAGCUCAUAUGUGGGUAGCUAUUAUGAUAAUGAGGACAAAUUCUUUUCAGAGUAUGGCCCAAAUGUUAUGGUUGUUGUGACAGACAGUGCGUUUAAAUAUUGGGACGAAAGUGCUCGGAAUGUUCUUGACUCCUGCCUUCAAAACUUUGAAGGUCUACCAAUGGUUUCUCAAAACAGGACCAUAUCUUGGCUCAAUGAAUAUCUUACAUUUGGAAAGAUGACCCAUUUGAAUCUAAGUGAGGAAAAUACAUUCAAAAGUCAUUUGUCUGCAUUUCUCGAGAGGUCUGGUUUCAUACAAGAUGUGAAUUUAACAGACAACACAAUAUAUGCCUCACGCGUGUUCAUUCAGACAGUCAACGUCAGUACAGCUGUUGAUGAAAAGAACAUGUUGAACGAGCUUCGGGAGGCAGCUAGUGAUUGUUCAGUAAAGUUGGUUGUUUACCACCCUGCUUUCAUAUACUUUGACCAGUAUGCAGUCAUUGUUAGUAACACCAUCCAAAACAUUGUAGUUGCCACUCUUGCCAUGCUGGUGAUCUCCCUCCUGUUGAUUCCCAACCCCAUAUGUUCUCUUUGGGUGACCUUUGCCAUUGCCUCUGUCAUAGUGGGCGUUGCUGGUUUCAUGGCGUUUUGGGACGUCAAUCUCGACUCUGUAUCCAUGAUCAAUCUUGUCAUCUGCAUCGGUUUCUCAGUGGACUUUUCCGCUCACAUCUCCUAUGCCUUCGUCUCCAGCGAUAAGAGAACUGCUAACGAGAAGGCUAUAGAUGCGGUCUAUCACUUGGGCUAUCCCAUCAUACAGGGAGCUGUGUCUACUAUCUUAGGAGUGGUGGCUCUGUCUGCUGCUGAGAGCUACAUCUUCAGAACCUUCUUUAAGAUCAUGUUCUUGGUCAUUUUGUUUGGGGCGGUCCAUGGCAUAGUGUUCAUCCCCGUGUUUUUGUCUUUCUUUGGAAUCUGCAGCGCUAAAGUUGGCGACGAAGAAGAUGCAGGUGAUAACCCUCGAGAUAAUACCUAUCAACUGAAACAGAAAAUGAAUGAUGAUACUGUUUGUGAAAACAAUUUCUGACUGUCCUUAAACCUGCUGGGCCGGGUGGUCAUUAAUUCGUGAAGCAGCUAAGCACUACCCCCAGCUGAAGGAUUUGCACUUGUUUCUACUGAUAACUAUCAGACAUAGAAACUGCUAGAAAAAACAUCAAAUAAAGUUAAUGAUAAAAGGACAUUAUGGUACACUAUGUACAUUGUAGCUUUGAUUGUGGUGUUUUACCCCCUAUUGGAAGAACACAUAACACAUUGUGUAUGAACGCUUAGUAAAUCUGACUUGCAUUUGACAAAUGUAAUUAUAUUUGAGUCAUAGUUGUAAUAUGUAGGAAUCUAUAGAAUAAGAAUGUCUAAGUCAUUCUGAAAAACACAUAAACACAGUAGGUUAUAUGUUAUAGAUUACAGGUUACAGGCUAUAGGUAACACAUUCUUUGUUGUUGGUACUGAGUUUGUGUCAUGCAUUGCAAAGGUAAAAAAAAAUAUAUAUAUAUAUAUGUAUGUGUGUGUGUGUGUGUGUGAGAUUUCAUAUUUAAUUUCUAUUUAGUCAUAUUGAGUUUCAGUCUAUCAAACUGUGUAAUAUACUUUUUUCUGUAGUGUCUGUUUUUUUAACCAUGUUUAUUCAUUUGGUUUGUGUUUUUCCACAAGGCAUUUGAAGUGUCCUGUUUAUUAUUUUACUCCAUCUGUUAAUUACAUGCAAGUAGACUAUGUUGAUGAUAUUAAUGGUAGAUUCAUCCGUAUCGCGGAUGUUCAACGUUACAGUGUGAUUGCAAUUUAACACCAGAAAAGUCAUUUUGACUCAAACAUUCCAACAGUCUAAUAUAUUUUAUAUAUGCAAUUGGAAAAAAAAAAAAAUGAUAUAUGCAAUUGGAAAAAAGAAAUAUAUUUUAUAUAUGCAAUUGGAAAAAAGAAAUAUAUUUUAUAUAUGCAAUUGGAAAAAAAAAAAAAAAUGAUAUAUGCAAUUGGAAAAAAGAAAUAUAUUUUAUAUAUGCAAUUGGAAAAAAGAAAUAUAUUUUACAUAUGCAAUUGGAAGAAAAAAAUAAUGUUUAUGAAGAUCAUCAGAGAAAUCUUGAAAAAGAUUUCAAGGAACACAAUAGCUUUUUCAUGAGUUUAUGUUACUAUAGGCUACCUGUUGCAGCAUGCUCAAAUGCAGAUUUAGAUUUUAGAUUGAUUUAGUUAUUUGGCAAUGGUAAGGGUUAGGGAAACCUCGGAAUAUGCUCUUUCUGAUACUAUGUAGAAAUCAAAAAAACGUUCUACCUGCGUCUGUUGAAGGAUUUGAAAAUGGAACUUUUUGGCCUCUCAUGGAGGAGGAGAGAAGAAACAACAUGUCCUCUUUAAAACUGCUUAUAAGACAAAUUAUGUUUGUGACAUUGAAAUAAUUCUUACAACGUACAUGUGUUUAAAUAGACUUAUUUAGAAAAAGUCAAGGAUGGAGGAAAGGCUUGACUUUGAAAAUGCUAGAGAUAUUUGAAUUUUUAAAUUCAUAUGGAGUCAAAAUGACUUACUCUGCAUUUCUAAUAUUAAAGGUGUACUUCCUGUUAGCGGAGACUGUAUUCAGGGUAAAUGUGGCAUAUGUCGACUCAAUCGAUUUACAUUUCUAAUGUUUCAGCGAUACAGACUGAAUAGAGCCCUUAGUAAAAAAUCAUGAAUAAACUGUUGAUUGUCACCAACUUCCAUAUUUGGCUUAUACAAUUUUUUAUAUUUUAUGUGCAAAUUCAGAAUCAUUUCGUUGCUAUGCUAUUAUAUUCGCUAUGAUAUUCUUAUAUGUUAUGUGGAGUACUAAUGACUUAUCAUGUAAUCUUCCAAGGCAUUGACUCAGCUUUAACUAAACGAGUACCUUCGUGA